AUGGGUCUACCAACGACAAACAAAAUUGAUGUGUCCAUCUUACGCAAGGUAUCAGAUGGCACAAAUGAGAUUGUUCGCGGUCUGGAUGCGAUCAAUCAUACAGGACGGGACUGCUGGAUACAAUAUCUGGUAUUGGAAAAGCUUGACGCUGAUACACGGCGCAGGUGGAUUGAGCGCAGCAUGGGCAACGAGGCGCCCACACUGGAGGAAUUCUUCAAGUUCUUAGAUGAUCGUUGUAACUCAAUGGCUUUAAGGAACUUGCAACAAGGAAAAAGGGAGAAUCAGCGUAGUCCAAACGCUUCUCAUCACGAUUUGUCUACAACAAGUCUAGUGGCUCAUAAUGGGAGUGCACCAGCAACGGCUCAUGUUCUUGGCAAAAUCACAUCAACACUGGAAAGGCAAAACAUUGACGCAUCGGCACUUGAUGUCUUUAGCGAUCUUCAACUCGCUGACUCGGAAUUCACCACAAGCGCUCCAAUUGACGUUCUUUUGGGCGGUGAACACGUUUGGUCUACAAUCACAGGGAAAAAGUUGUACGACAAUACGGGCAAACUCAUUGCAAUAUCAUCGAUUUUCGGAUGGGUCAUCAGCUCUAUAACGAUGCCCCAAGCUAACAACGCUUUCGCUUUGACAUCAUACAUUGAUGUUAACGCUUCGCUCCAGAGGUUUUGGGAGCUAGAGGACAUCAGUUCCACAACCAAAUUGGAACCUGAUGAUGAGCAGGUGGAGAAACACUUUCUCGCUACGCACACUCGAGAUGAAAAGGGGAAGUACAUCGUGGAACUUCCAUUUAAGGUCACUAAUCCUGAAUUUGGGGAUACUCUACAAGGAGCUCUUAAUCGUUUCCAAUCGGUGGAACGACGCCUACAACAAGAUGCAAAUCUAAGAGCAAAAUAUGUCAACUUUAUGAGGGAAUACUUCGAUUUGGGGCAUAUGCGCGAACUGCCACCAGAUGAAGUCAAUAAUGCACAACGGUUUUAUCUACCACAUCACCCGGUUUUGGGUCGGAAGCUGAGAGUAGUUUUCGACGGAUCAUUUUGCGACACCAAAGGCAAAUCACUAAACGAUUAUCUCUUUACAGGGCCUAGCAUUCAACGCGAUCUAUUUGCUGUCUGCUUGCGCUUUCGGAUGUAUAAAUUUGUAUUCUCAGCCGACAUAGUCAAGAUGUUUCGGCAGAUUUGGGUGAACGACAAACACCGCGACUUCCAGAGAAUUGUCUGGAGAGAAAGGCCAUCGGAUCCAAUCAAACACUAUCAACUAUGCACCGUCACUUAUGGCACCUCAUGUGCACCAUUCCUGGCUGUUAGGGUAUUAGAGCAACUGGCUACUGAUCAUCAGCAGGAAUUCCCGAAUGCUGCAAAAAUCUUACAAGAGGAUUUUUAUGUCGACGAUGUGCUCACUGGGUCAAACAGUGAGGAGGAACUGAUACAAAAUCGAAAGGAACUUAUUCAACUUAUGUCCUGUGCUAAUUUGGAGCUUGGGAAAUGGGUAUCAAACACACCUCGCAUACCAACAGAAGGGACUGAUUCUACACAAUCAUCUCCAGUCAAGGUUCUUGGACUUUACUGGCAACCUGGUCUUGAUACAUUGUCUUAUAAUGUUGGUCUAAAAGGAAAUGUCGAUUGUACAAAACGACAAGUUUUAUCGGAUGUCUCGCGGAUCUUCGAUCCACUUGGGCUUUUGGCACCAAUUGUGGUCCAAUUCAAAAUACUCUUUCAACAAUUAUGGCUUCUCGAUUUGGGAUGGGAUGACAAACUCCCUAAGCAACUAGCGGAUACUUGGCUCAAAUGGCGAGCAGAUUUGGAUAUGCUACAACACAUUCAAAUACCCCGGUUGGUUGUCAACGACACCGACAACAUUGAAUUGCAUGGAUUCUCCGAUGCAUCUACGAAGGCAUACGCUGCUGUAGUGUACAGCAGAGUAAUCAACAAGGAUGGCUCGAUUUCUACAUCGAUUAUGGCUGCGAAGUCUAGGGUGGCUCCGCUAAAGCAGCAAUCUCUGCCCCGCCUAGAGCUUUGCGCGGCACUUCUCCUAAGUCAACUCAUACGUUCGAUAAAGGCGGCACUUCGACAUCAAAAGGUCACGGUUUUUGCAUGGUGCGAUUCCACAAUCGUUCUCUAUUGGCUAUCAUACGCACCCUCUCGACUAAAGACAUUUGUUGGGAACCGAACUUCGGAAAUUCUGGACACCAUUCCAAGGCAUGAUUGGCGUCAUGUGGACUCCAAAUCAAAUCCAGCUGAUUGCGCAUCCAGAGGUCUCAUGGCUGCAGACCUAAAGGACUUUCAGUUAUGGUGGAAUGGCCCGUCAUGGAUACGUGACGCGGAUCAGUUUCUGGUAAGGUUAAACAACUCACAAGUCUGUUUGAAUAUUUCAGAAAAGAACAUAGAAAAGGAAGUCAAAAGCAAUUGUCUGACUGCAUUAGUAGAGGCAGCUCCUGAUCAUCCACUUGAUCAUCUUGUUCAACGAGUAUCUUCAUGGUUGACGCUCGUUCACACGGUUGGCUAUGUCCUUCGCUUUCUACGGCGCACGAAGGGUCCAUUUGGGGACAAGGGCUCAAACUGUCUUACGUUUGAGGAAAUCACCGCGGCACGCAUUGUAUGCUUGCGCCACGCGCAAACCUGCUUUCAGGAUGACUAUCAAUUGCUACUCGCAAAUAAACCAUUGCGAAGUCGAUCUCAGCUGGCUAAACUCUCGCCAAUGAUCGACAAGGACGGACUACUCAGGGUUGGAGGACGCUUGCACCACUCGCAAUUGUCCACAGAGGCGAAACAUCCAGUUUUGCUACCGAAAUCUCAUCGCAUCACCAAGCUGAUACUUGAAUACGAACACAGGGUCAACCUGCACCCUGGCGUCUCAUCACUCUUUGUUAUGGUACGUCAAACAUUCUGGAUAUUUGGCGCAAGGAACUUGAUAAGGAAAGUCACACACGACUGUUUGGCUUGUUUUCGACAGCGGCAUCAUACAUCACAACAAAGGAUGGCUGAUCUACCCAGCAUUCGUGUCACUCAGGCACUUCCAUUUGUAAACACUGGAUGUGACUAUGCUGGUCCAAUCCUUCUUAAGGAUGGAAAGGGGCGCAAACCGCGCAUUGGUAAGGGCUACAUAUGCCUAUUUGUUUGUCUGGUCACAUCGGCAAUCCAUCUGGAACUUGUAACGGACUUGAGCACCGAAUCAUUCUUGGCCGCGCUAAGACGUUUCGUCUCUUUGCGUGGCAAGUGCAACAAAAUCUAUAGCGACAACGGAACGAAUUUCAUUGGAGCUAAACGCUCUCUUGAUGAAAUGCAGAAGCUGCUGGCAUCUCAGCCACACAUCGAAAAGGUUAGGAAUGCUCUGGCGAAUGAUGGCAUUCAAUGGGUAUUCAUUCCACCACAUGCUCCUCAUUGGGGAGGAAAAUGGGAAUCUGCAGUCAGAUGCGUAAAGCUGCAUAUUCGCCGAGUCAUUGGGAAAUCUACUCUCACCUACGAGCAGAUGCGAACUCUACUUGCACAAGUCAGUGCGGUGGUCAACUCACGACCCUUGUGCUACAACUCGGACACAGAUAUCAAUUAUUUGUCGCCAGCACAUUUCUUGAUCGGCAGGCCUCUCACAACUAUACCAGAGGCAGACUUAGGCCACAUCCCCGUGGGCCGACUUGGGUACUGGCAAAGUAUCCAAUCUAUGAUGCAAGGUUUCUGGAAGCAAUGGCAUCAGGAGUAUCUUACCACAUUGCAACAGCGUCCAAAGUGGACCACUACAACACCAAAUAUAGCAGUGGGAGAUGUGGUGCUUGUAAUAGAAUCGAACACCCCACCAGCUCACUGGCAUCUGGCGCUGGUUCUCGAAGCCUACGCAGGCAAGGAUCAAUUGGUUCGAGCGGUUAGACUCAAGACCUCUUCGGGAGAAUUAACUCGGCCAAUCACCAAGGUUGCGGUAUUGCCCCGUUCAGAACCUGUGUUUCAGGGCGGGCCGGGAUGUUCAGGAACGGAUUGCGUUUAUCGAUAA